CGAAAUUCGAAUCAGUCUCGACGUCCACUCCGCGCGGUCCGCCUGUCGUUUACCGCGAACAAACUAACUAACCCUUAAUAACAUUCGAAUUUUAAAAGUGUGUUUUUUUUAUUUUUUUAUUUUUCGGUUUUAGAGCGGCAAACGACGAAACGCGAGUUGUGUUUCGGUAGAUGUUCGGUAGUGAUCAUUUUGGAGUAUUAAAAUAAAGGAUUUAUCAAGGAUUCUUUUUUUUACAAGAAUUGGCAACGCGUCACUCAACCGAAACGAAGAAACAGACAAACGACUGUAACGCGAUCCGUACGAAAUAGUACGAGGCCAAAGACCGCGGACGCUCGGGACGUCCCGAACAGAAGACACGAGUCGGUGACGUCACAACAUGGCGUCCACCGACACUUCGACCUCCAGCAGCCUCAUCUCCGCCGUCCAAGAGGACUCCAAGCGAACCGUCGACGAGGCAUUCCUUAACAGACUUAAGUCCCUCGUCGAAAGGUUAAGACUGGACAAUGCGACCUUGAAGAAAGCACUUGACAUCGAGCGGAGCGAAGUCAGAGCGCUUAAGGCACAACACGAAGGAACCUUGAGAAAUUUGAAGACAGAGUACAAAAAGAAAGAAGAAUACUUAGAGAAGCAGCUGAGAACAGCACCAAAGGCUGAUAAAAAUGAUGAUUCACAAGUCAGCAACAGACUAGUGGAGCUAAAGAAAUUGACGACUGAAAUACAAGCUUUAAAAUCGGCUAACAAGGGUCUUCAAGAGAAACUCAAGGUCGCACAGUCGGCGGAGUGCGCCCGCGCGGCGGAGCUUCGCGCGCAGGCGGCGAGGCAUGCCGCCUUGGAGAACGCCGCGCGGAGAGAUGCGCGUGCGCAGUGUCACAAGCUGUUGGAGGAAAUUAAAUCGAAAGAGCGGGUUAUUAUACAACUAAGGAGAGAAGCGGCGCGAGUGGCUACGCAGCAAAAUGAUCAGGCACAAAGAAUGGAGUGCGGAACUGCCGAUCUCAGCAGAAAACUGCGUAUUGAUCAGGGUAAAGAGAAAACUAACCGCGAAGAUUUGAAGACUGACAUACAACAUAGGAAGGAGACGUUUUACAGGGAGGCGCCGUCGGAUGAAGACUCGGCGGUGUCGUCAGCACCCGCCUCUCUCUCCCCCCAGCCGCUCAACGACAUGUGGUCAUGCGGGCAGUGCCGCGCGUCGGCAGAACGCGCGUCGGCGGCAGAGCGCGAGUGCGCGCGACUCGCCGACUCGCUCCGAGACGCGAGAGAUCAACUCGAGCUCAUGGAGUUUCGAUUAUUGGAACUCGAAGACGCGACCCCUGAAAAGGGCCCCAGAGACAACCUGACCGACUCGGACUCAGGCUGCGUGUCCCCAGGGUCGCGAAUCAAGGACUCCGCAUCCCCUGAGCUGAAGCGAAUGGACUCAGGAUACAAGUCUCCCCACACGCCAAGUAGUCCUUGCAAUACCCGGCGACAUCUCGGCACACCACAUGACGAUUUCAAAGAAGACUUCGCGAAGGCACAAGUCCUAGCUGAUAUACUCGAUAGGAACUCAGAAUCUAGUGAUUCGUUGAAGAGCAACCCGGUGAAGGAUCAUCUGGAACAAAUGAUCUUGAAUGCAGCAUCGGUUGAAGAUAGGACGUGUUUGGAACAGGUGCUGAUGCUCUUGUAUAAUUAUCAAGCGCUGAGCAGUUCCGUUAGCGAAGAUGAGUGUUAUCAGGCAAAACCGAAAAGAAUAUGUGAUCUAAAACUAAAAUCUGAAACAGACAUUCCAUCGCACAAAACUCAGAAAGCAGUCGCAACAGUCACACCAUACCAACAGAAAGGGUACAAAUGCGAGUCGCUUGAGAGUCUUUGUAGCGAAGAAAGGAAACCAAGUAACAUACUACAGGAAAGUGGAAUCUUCGAAGAAGCUGAAACCGAAUCGAGGAGCACACAGACAGAUGUCAACGACAGUUUUGAAUGUACCGGUGAACUCAACACUGAAAUACAACGACUGAAUAGUAUUAGGGAGAAACUUGAAAGGCAAGGCGUUAGAAAUAGGACUUUAAGUACUAAGGAAGAAGGUGAUGGCCUGGAGUGCAGGUGUGUGAAGCUAGGGAAAAAACAUAAGCAGUAUUAUGAGAGGAGGCUAAAGUUUUUGGAGGGGAAGAUCUCUAUUUAUGAGGCGGCACAAGACGUAAAGGAAUCCAAAUUAGCAGAGAGAUUGCAAAAGGAAUUUUUGCUCGAAAAUAGGAUACAGGAUCUCGAAUCGCAGUUGUCAUUACUACAAGAUAAAUAUGAGAGGCUAGAAGAGGAAUGUUGUGAGCUUGAAGAAAUCGAAAAUGACACGCGUUUACAUUGGCAGCAGCUUGAGAUGGACUAUGAGCUCUGCUCUGCUCAACUAAGAGACAUGACUGAGCAGAGGGAGUGUUCGCGGGCUCAGGCCGAAAGGCUUUUGGCUGAGCUGACGAAGAGAGAGUGCUCUUUGAAGUCAAGAGAGAGUGAGCUGAAGAAUAGGCUGAGCAAGCUUGAGAAGGCGGUCCCUGCUUUGAUAGCAUGGAAUGUGUGUCAGGCUAUUGGGGCGAACCUGUCAUUCGGCGGCCAGCGGGCGUUAAUAAAUCGCAUGGCACCAUACAGUCAAGAGACGAAGGCGUUCAUAUCGCAAGUGCGUGAGGAGUCGAGCAGGAAGACCACAUGCAGCGCGCUGGUGGCGUGGAAUGACAUCAAUAGCGAACCGCCGGAGACUUCGCGCCAGAUGCAGGCACAGAUUACAAAAUUACUAAAAGAAAAGAAGAAAGUAGAAAUGGAUGCAUCCAAGCUGACGAAAACUCUAGAGAAGAGAGUGAAAGAGCUGGAAGAAGAGUUGGAGACGGUCAAAAGACAAUUGGUGGCUACAAGUUGCGGCGCUGAAGCGAAGACGAUUAAGCUAGAGGAGAAGAUUGUGGAGUUGGAAAAGAAGAUUCAUGCAGGCAAAGAGGAAGAACAGCAACCAGUAGAUCCGGCAAUAGGCAGCAAGAUCCACGCGUUGCUAAUGAACGAACAGGAGUUAAAGAGCAGAGUCGCAGAACUAGAGAGAAGAGAGACAGCAUAUCUGGAGAUGUUGACGCAAGCUGAUGACAUGUGGGCGGAGAUGGAAGGAGGAUAUAAGAAGAAGAUCCAGGAAUCACAAGCGGUGGAGACGCAGCUGAAAGGACAGUGUAAAAAGUUAGAGUGUGAACGCGAUAAAUGGAAGCAAUGUUUAGAGCCAAUGAGGAAGAAGCUCAAAGAAUUAGAAGAAUCAGAAUCGGGAUUAAGGAUAUCGCUAGAGAAGGCCCAACGAGACACCAAAGCGCUCAAAGAACAGAACAGCAACUUAGCAGCCAUGUUUUCGAAGGCGGAUGCCGAUGCUAAGAAAGCUGAAGCUACCUUUCACACAGUAGAUAGUAAAUUUAAGAAAGAAGUUGAACAGCUGCGUAAGAUCAAUAAAAAACUGGACGAUGACUUCAAAUGCCACAAGGAAACGUCGAAAAAGAAUGAAUUAGAGUUCCUUGGAGACCUGGAGGCUAUCAGAAAAGAACUGGCUCGUUGCAGCAAGAACAACCAAGAGUUAGAGGUUACUAACAGCGAGUUGAAGGAAGAGGUCGAAUCACUGGAAAAGCAGCUAGCUCUCACCCAAAAAGCAUUAACCCAAUGCAAGAGGAAAUGCGACGAGAAAAUCAAAACUAUAAGCCACGAAUUGUCUAUAAAGACAGAGGAAUUGGAAGAGUUGAGAAGCGAAACGUUGAGGCAGACAUAUCACGCGUCUCGCAUAGAAUUGAAGCCAGAAAGAACGGAAUACGUUGAUGAAGGGUAUUCGAUAUACACUGCUGUCCCAAAGAAGGCAGAAUAUGGAAGAAUGCAUCAUAGCAUGAGUUACAUAACGUCAGAAUCUCGAUGUUCUUGUCCGUCAAUGAGGAGUCAAUUAGUCAGUCAACUUAUUGAGGAUUUGUUCCAAAGGAUCCACAACACAGCAGAUGAUGAUCUGACGAGAUUGUGUAAAGAGAUUAGUCCUACGAAAGGACGGGAAGUGAAUGCAGAAACCAAAGCGAAAAUCACGAAUUACCUCUUGAUGGCGAUAUCUAAGGAGCUCGUUAGGUCCAUAGGGGACGCGGAUGCUAAGACUGAUACAGAGGAAUGGCAACGCGCCGUCUCGUCAAUGUCGUACAACGGCACCAAUCGCAGCGAUUUCGGCCUGAGCGGCAACGCGGGCGUGCUGCACGGCGCGUCGCGGCUCGCGUCCGUGAGCUGCGCGUGCGCGGCCGCGCGCCUGUGCGCCGCGCUGCCCGACCUCGCCGACAGCGUCAAGCUGUGCCAGGAGGAAGUCUUGGAUCAUGGUGACGUUAAGAUUAUGGAGGAACAGUUAGCAAAUGCCAUUGAAAGUAUUGUUAAUUGUCCAUCUUGUGCGUUGGGUACAAAUGCGAUAGUUUGGAGCACGGACGUCUGAAGCCGUCAUUUGUGCAAAUUAUGUGUAUACCUCCACCGACCUCACUCUGGUGCCUUCAUUAGUUUAUCCAAUAAUUUUACGAAUGUAAAUAAUUUUGUAUCAUAAUAAUACUCUUAUAUUAAUCAUAAGCGACACAUAUCGAACAAUCUUAUUUUUUUCUCGAAAUUAAGUUUAUCGAUAACGAAUCGAAGUGUUCAACGUUUCCCUUCACUAGUUUUCUCGUCAUAACCGUGCCAAUAGUGUUUGUAUAUUGUUUUUUUUUUGUAAAUAUAUAAAAUUUAAUUUUUCCGUUUUGACAGAUGUAAUUUGCUAACAUCACUCACCAACGAAAUUUGACUUUCUUAUUGAAAUGUAUUAAAAUAUUUUAUUUACGACGAAAAUGAAUUUCAUUGAUUAAAAGAAUUAUUGAUUUAA